AUGCCCAAGGUGGUGCGGGACUUGUUGUGGACGGUGACGAGUCCGCAUAUGCUCAGCGGGGACCGGUUCCCUGUCCUACCGCCGGAAUUCGGAGUGGAGGCCUUGGAAUGCGACGUGGUCAUUGACUGGCUGAACAGCCUCAUAGAGGACCCAGCGCCGUUGUUGGCGUUCAUGCAAGAAACGACGUCGACCGGUCGAUCGUUGGCUCUGGGCGUCUACUUCUCCACUUUGCUCGAGUUCUGGCUGCGCUUCUGUCCGCAUCUGGGAAUGGAGAAGAUGGAGAUCGGGAAGCAGAUUGUGUCGUCCACCAACAGGACGGUGGGGCAGCUGAAGUUCCUCUUUCGGUGCAAAUUUACUUCAAUGGAGGAGUACCGAGACUUUCACGUCGAGUCGUCGGUCAAGUUCUUCCUACUCAACCCGAUCGACAGCAACAGCAAUGGCUUUAUUGAAACUACCAGUGAAGAUAGCAGUCCAACCGAACGGGAUAGUUACGUACCGCUCGAACAGUUUGUCGGGCCGCAUCUUGGCGAAAAUUUGGCUUGGAGAGUCCAAGAAGUGGAACGAAAGCUGGCGAUGCGUCGAGGUGAGAGCGUGCGCGCGUGGCUGGAGGAGAACUACAGCGACAGUGUACAGUCGCACAUCGUGCUGCGUGGGUAUCUGUUUCAACCUCUGCACCAUUUUGACUCGACUUCGGAGACGACAAUCGCUCACGACUGGCGCUUCCAUCAGAACCCUGCCAAAUUGACACACGAAGCGAAUGGGUUCACAAUGAACACGUCGUCGAAUCCAAGCAUUGCAACUGAUCAUUUACGAGGGUGGUGGACGACCGCAAUGGAGACGGAUUUGCCUGCCAAAGUUCGAGCGAAUGGCCUGCGAGGACUAGGCGAGAGCCGAUUCGUGAUCCUGCCGAAGCUGCAUUGGUUAUCGCCAGUAGUUGCCGUGCAAAACAAGCUGAGCGGCCAGGUGUACGUCGAGGGAGACAAUCGGUUGGAUAUCCCCGAAGUGGAAGCGCUCACGCUUGAUGAAUUGAUGGCAUUUGUUCGCGAACAUUUCCAAAAAGUCGCAUCGGCGGCGGAGACGAACAAAACUGGUGGAGUAGCGAUGCCGUUGCUGGUGGCUGAGAUUGUCCAGGAGCUUAAAGCUUUGGAGGAUAACGACCCUCGUCACUGGUAUGAAUUGUCGAGAGGGUUCAUUCUUGACCCCAAGUGCUGGGAUCCAUCGCCAUUGUGCCACGAACCCGUGCGCUUCAGACGCACACUUCGUCGAAAUGUGGUGACUGGAGUUGGCGAGAGGGAUGGUGCAGAUGAAGGAUUCAUCAAGCCAGACGCGGAUGAAGUUAUUGCGCAAGAUGAACAGAAACGUCAUGAAUUUGCUGACCCCGCAAAUUUCGGUCCGGAAGAGAUGAGCAAGGAGCUGGUGUCGUUACUGGGGGCUGUUAACUCAAAGUUUAGCCAUGCGGAGCUGAAACGGUCGACUAAAGAGCUGCUCACGUGGCGGAGACAACACGCUACAAACGAGGAGGAGUCUAAGCUUGCUCGAAGAGUGGGUUACCUGCUGCUGGAUGUGAUUGAUAACUUGAACCGAGAGUCAAACCUG